AAUAAUAAUUCAUAAUUGGGAAUUUUAUAAUUAAAUCUUGAAAAGUUGAAAUUUUUUAUAAGUAAGUUUCAUUUUAUUUAUGAAAUUCAUAUUGAGAAUCAUAUAAUCAUAUUUUAAGGCCCUUUGAGAAAGUUCUAAUCUAACUGAACCGAAACCGAAAAGCUGAGAAAAAGUUUGAAGGAUCAAAACAUUGUGCCGAUUCAAAACCAUCAACUCUCACUGUCCAAGGGUUGAAAACCCACCAAAUCUUAAGAUUAAGAUCUAUCAUUCCUUCCAUAAAUCUAGUUACAUAUUCUUGGAUUAUUAUAGCUUUGAUUAUUUCUUGGAUUUAUUCGCUAAAUCUUCUCAAUCACUACAAAGGGUAAUCAAUGGAACCCAAAAUCGUUACUGGAAAUGGUGGUUAUACUCUUGAUGAUGUUCCUCACUUGUCUGAUUAUCUCUCUAAUCUUCCUACAUACCCAAAUCCACUACAAAACAAUCCUUCAUAUUCGGUAACCAAGCAAUACUUUGUGGAUGAUGAUGACACUGUUGUUCAAAAGGCUGUUCAACAUAAAGAUGGUCCAAGAGGCUUACAUUUUCGACGUCAAGGUCCUCGACAGAAGGUGUAUUAUUCACCAGACGAAGUAACGGCAUGUAUUGUUACAUGUGGAGGUCUUUGCCCGGGCCUUAACACUGUAAUCAGAGAGUUAGUUUGUGGGUUGGAUUACAUGUAUGGAGUGAAAAACAUCUUGGGAAUUCAAGGUGGCUACCAAGGGUUCUACGCUCGAAAUACCAUAACAUUGACGCCUAAGUCUGUCGACAGUAUCCAUAAACGGGGUGGAACUAUCCUCGGUUCAUCAAGAGGUGGCUAUGUGCUUUCCAAAAUAGUUGAUAGCAUACAGGACCGGCGUAUUAAUCAGGUGUACAUAAUUGGAGGAGAUGGAACUCAAAAGGGUGCGUCAGUUAUAUAUCAGGAAGUACGAAAACGGGGUCUUAAGGUCUCGGUCAUAGGAAUCCCCAAAACUAUUGACAAUGACAUCCCGAUCAUCGACAAAUCUUUUGGGUUUGAUACAGCUGUGGAGGAGGCACAACGUGCUAUAAAUGCAGCACACACUGAAGCCGAAAGUGUUGAGAAUGGUAUCGGUCUUGUCAAGUUAAUGGGUCGUGAUAGCGGAUUCAUUGCAAUGUAUGCAACCCUUGCUAGUCGAGAUGUUGACUGUUGUUUGAUCCCGGAAUCACCCUUCUAUCUCGAAGGGCCUGGCGGGCUCUAUGAGUUCAUUGCCAGAAAACUGAGAGACAACGGUCACAUGGUUAUUGUCGUAGCUGAAGGCGCUGGUGAGAAGCUUGAAGAACGAGAUGCUUCUGGAAAUAAGGCUUUUAAAGAUGUUGGUCUCUGGUUGUCUCACACGAUUAAGGAACAUUUUGCCCAAACAAAUCUGAACAUAACUCUUAAAUACAUAGACCCUACGUAUAUGAUCCGAGCAGUUCCCGCAAAUGCAUCAGACAAUGUAUACUGCACAGUUCUCGCUCAAAGUGCCAUUCAUGGGGCCAUGGCUGGUUACACUGGUUACACUGUUGGGCCAGUUAAUGGAAGGCAAUGCUAUAUACCUUUCUAUCGCAUCAUUGAGAAACCGAACAAGGUUGUGAUCACGGACAGAAUGUGGGCUAGGCUUUUAUCUUCAACUAAUCAACCGAGUUUUAUGAAUCCUCCCAAGGAUACCGUUGUCGGUGGAAAGCCGACCGAGAGUAUAAUGCCAUCCAAUUCUUUUGAAAAGCCGAGUGAGAAUGAAAAUCAUGUCGAUGAUCAACAUCCAGGUGUGAAUGGAUCUAUAUAGUAACAAAGUGGCUUUUACAAUUUUGUUUUCGAGAUUUUGGAAAUGUCCGUUGUUUUGAGUAACAGCGGAGUUGAAUAAUUCGGUUUAUACCUUGGAUUGUAUUUCUUUAAUGCUUAUGGUCGUGUAGGAGAUGCCACAAGAUUAUCGCAAGGAAUGCUCUCGACUAACCAAAAUAAGUAUCUAAAAAUGGUUUCUAUGCCAAAAAAAUAUAAGUUUCAUGAUUGUAUUCAUGUAAGUUAUUUGUGUUAAAUAAGUUAUUCGUUAUUGCAUGGGAAAUGUUAUAUACAUUCAACCAUCAAACAUGGUCUAGUCUACGGUUUGUUUGGGAUUUUGGACAAUACUGAUAUUAUAUGUUGUUUUUGA